GUAAUUGUAUGCAGUGCAAAUCAGACAACCAAACACAUCUAGUUGUUAGCCAGACUUAGUUGAUACAUGCAACUAAACAAGUCCAUCCUGACUUCUUAAAGACAGGCUUGGACUAGCCUGACUUAGUUUUACUAGCCAGGCUUAUAGAGGACGAAUCAAACACACCCCUAAGGUCCACUUGAGGAACAAAAGCCCACGGUUUCAUGGACUCCUACUUAUAAACAGAACAGAUUCAGAAUUCAGAAACCAGCAGUCCCACGCCCACGCAGCGUUCCACCCGAAACUCGAACAAGCGUGCACUGCGGAGCCCCGUCCGCCACGCACGCGCUUCCCUCUUCACCGGCGGCGGCGUCGGGCAACCUAUGGACGGCGGCGGCGCGACGCGGGGGCAGCCGAUGCUGGCGAAGCGGCCGAGCCACCGGGAGCGGCACUUCACGGCGGGGGAGGUGGUGCGGGACGUCAUCAUGGGGGUGUCCGACGGCCUCACCGUGCCCUUCGCCCUCGCCGCGGGGCUCUCCGGCGCCAGCGCGCCCUCAUCCCUCGUCCUCACCGCCGGACUCGCAGAGGUCGCCGCCGGCGCCAUCUCCAUGGGACUUGGAGGGUACCUUGCGGCCCAGAGCGAGGCAGAUCAUUACAAGCGGGAGAUGAAAAGGGAGCAGGAGGAGAUCAUCACUGUCCCAGACACUGAGGCUGCUGAGAUUGGAGAGAUCAUGUCACAGUAUGGGCUUGAACCGCACGAGUAUGGCCCUGUCAUCGACGGGCUCAGGAGAAACCCUCAGGCUUGGCUAGACUUCAUGAUGAGGUUUGAGCUGGGAUUGGAGAAACCAGAUCCUAAAAGGGCUCUGCAGAGUGCUUUUACAAUCGCACUAUCUUAUGUGAUCGGUGGAUUGGUCCCUCUCCUGCCCUACAUGUUCCUCUCCACAGCCCAGAAUGCCAUGCUCACAUCUGUUGGAGUCACAUUGGUCGCGCUACUUUUCUUUGGCUACAUCAAGGGUCGCUUUACUGGGAAUCGGCCAUUCAUCAGUGCUGUCCAAACUGCUAUUAUUGGAGCACUAGCUUCAGCAGCAGCAUAUGGGAUGGCAAAGGCCGUUCAAGCUAGAUAGUUGUUGAAGGUAUCAAGCAUUUGUAAACAAAAACUUCAGUAGGCUGCAAUAAACUAAAAAAAGCUGUAAUUCUUCUCCUUCGGAACAUCCCAUUACAUUAUCUAAUUGCAGAAUCUAA